CAAUGCAGUUGCAGUAUGUAUAUUGUAUGAACUAUGUUCACGGUUUACAGUCCAGAGUCUAUAUAACUUGGUAUUGAUUUUUAGUUGACGCGGUUUUUGGUUUUUGUUAUUUGAUUCGUUACCUACGCGUUUUGUUUCGUUAUAUUUUACUCAUAGAAUACUUCAAAAUGAUCCGUUUCAUUCUAAUACAAAACAGAGCUGGAAAAACAAGACUAGCCAAAUGGUAUAUGAACUUUGAUGAUGACGAGAAACAAAAGCUUAUCGAAGAAGUGCACGCAGUUGUAACUGUCAGAGAUGCUAAACAUACGAAUUUUGUAGAAUUCAGAAACUUCAAAAUAAUUUAUAGAAGGUACGCUGGAUUAUAUUUUUGCAUCUGCGUGGAUGUGGGCGAUAACAAUCUGUGUUAUCUGGAGGCCAUUCAUAAUUUUGUCGAAGUCCUCAACGAAUAUUUCCACAACGUUUGUGAACUAGAUCUUGUUUUCAACUUCUACAAGGUAUACACUGUGGUAGACGAAAUGUUUUUAGCUGGUGAAAUCCGGGAAACGAGUCAAACUAAAGUUUUAAAACAACUACUUAUGUUGAGUUCAUUAGAAUAAGUUUUUAUAAUAUCUACAAGCAAAUAUUUUACUUUACCAAUACACUUAUUACUAUUUAUAAUUUAUUACUCUAUACCAUAAUGUAUUCUUUUUUUAUUUAUAUACAUAAUAUAAUGCUAUUAUGAGUGUAAUUAGAAUUAAAAUAAAUUAAACCCAAUUUAUUUUCAUUCUUUUCUUAGACCUUUUUUAUGUGUGAUAAGAGAUAAUAUGAUAUCCUUAAUUUUAUCCGCCCCCCUGAGAUAGCAAAAAUGCAAAUAUCAAAUAUUAGUAUUACAAUUUUAUAAGUAUUUGGAAUAAAUUGUAAAUGUUGAAUGCAUUUUGUUAUAAAAUAAAAUGGAUGGCUAUAAAUUGUUGAA